CUCUAUCAUAUAUACAAUAUAUACAUGUAUGAUUCCCUAUAUAAAGCCCCCACAACUUUUGCGCUAUCCUUCAACGAACAAGCAACAAGGCAAACACGAAUAAACCGAGAUGGCGGAACAAGUGCUUCUAUUAGAUUUCUGGCCGGAUCCUUCCGGGGUUCGGAUUAGGGUAGCCCUGAGGGAGAAGGGCGUGGAGUACGAGUAUCGAGAAGAGGACUUCCAGAACAAGAGCCCCCUCCUCCUUAAGAUGAACCCCGUCCACGAGCAGACCCCUGUCCUCAUCCACAAGGGCAAGCCCGUGUCCGAGUCCCUCAUCAUAGUUCAGUACAUCGAUGAGGUGUGGCCCCACAAGUCACCUCUCCUGCCCACUGACCCUUAUGAGCAGGCCAAUGCCCGGUUCUGGGCCGACUACAUUGACAAGAAGGUACAUUAUUUCGGUCGGUCGGUCUGGGAAACCACAGGAGAAGCCCAGGAAUCGGCGAAGAAGGAGCUGAUACACUGUUUCAGGACACUGAAGGGUGAGCUCGGGGACAAGACUUACUUCGGGGGUGACAGGUUUGGUUUGGUGGACGUGUGGCUAAUCCCAUUCUAUGGCUGGUUCUACACGUUGGAGACAUUUGCUGCAAACUUCAGCAUUGCGGAGGAGUGCCCGAAGCUCGUGACCUGGGCUCAGAGGUGCAUGGAGAGGGAGAGCGUGUCCAAGUCCCUCCCCGACCAGCAUAAGCUCUAUGACUACAUCUUGGAGCACGAAACUGGCCAGAAUCAGCCCCACCUCUGAAGGAAGGACGACUCUGCAGCAAUUCCACCUCUUAAUUUGCUUGAAAUCAUUUUGAAUAUUUCUAGGAGACUAAAUAAAAUAGUCUCACAGAUUCCGUGAUUACAGUAUUUCUUAAAAGUGAACCCGUAUCGUAUCGUGUAUGCAGAGUUAAUUAUCAGUUAUUUCUUAUUGAAUUUGUCUGUUCGAAGUAUCCUUGAAAGUACACUUU